AUGCAAGCAAGACCAUGCGCAUCACAGAAAUGUCCAGGUAAACGUAAGAUAUGAUAGACAACAUGUUUGCGGGGAUUUUGUCUUUUUAUUACUUUCUGUUAUUGGUAAGCUGAACUCUUCAGUCAUAAAUGCUUUUCUUUUUUGAAAUUUGUGACGUUUUAUAAAGCUACGGAGCUACAUACUUUAGUGUGGCACUAACGUUUUCACGGACAUAUAUGUAUAUUAAAGAUGUCAGUUUAUUUGGCGAAUCGAUCAGUUCAACUUAAGUAAACAGUAACUUAAGAUUGGAGUUUGUUGAGGCGAGCCCGGCCUUCUGCCAACCCCUCAAAUUAAUCCAAAUUAAUUCAUUUGAGGGGUAGGCAAAAGGCCGGGCUCGCUUCAACAAACUCCAGUCUCAAGUUAAUGUUUACAUAAGUAGAACUGAUCAAUUCGCCAAAUAUAGUGACAUCUUUACACUCACCUGAAACUCAUUUUCAUUGUGAUCCAGACCUGAAGGCCAUAAUAAAAAGGCAAUACUUUAGCACAAUUCUUAAAAAAGGAAAAAAUACAUUCACCCUUAGUCUAACACAACUCAAAGGUGUAAUAAGAGUAAAGAUUUUGAAAGACUAGUCGCAUUAUACGUUGCAGUUGACGGUGGUAUGUCAGAGUGGUCCUCGUGGUCUGUGUGUCGAUACUGUGGGAAAUCAAAAAGAAAAAGAACGCGGAAGUGUAACAACCCACCACCAGCAAAUGGGGGAAAACCGUGCGCAGGGCCACUUGUUCAGGAGAUGAAAUGCCCUAGGAAACAUUGUAAAUGUAAGUCACGUUUACUACGGCCUGGUUUACACAUACGGUACAAGAAUAAGUUCAAGCGGCAUGACGCAUCAUUAGAAUUUUUUUACUAGCUAUAGGUUUCAUAUGGAGAAUUAUUUUUGAACGAUAGUUUACUAACCAGUUGUCGGUUGGCCCUUGUUUCAGCAACACUGGGAUUUGGUCCGUGGUCUUCAUUUAGUAGAUGCUCCCAUUCGUGUGGUGGCGGAGUGAAAAAAAGAAGACGCAGAUGUCGAAAACCUUCACACGGCUGCCACGGACCACGCGUUCAAAGGAAACGAUGCAACGAACACAGUUGUCCAGGUGAGUGUACAUUUUUUCUCCAACACCAAACCACUUGACGGGUAAAAUACUGCAGCCCAACCUUCAUCCUAAAAGAGGAUACUCCUUGAAUAGAACGAGUGGUAAGUUUUAACUGGAGGUGGACUUGCAUGGGCGGCCUUAGUGGAGACGUUAUUUUGGCAGUUUGCGACCCUUUUUAGUUGGCUUUGUGGAUAGGUGACUGUUUUUUUAGUAGUGGCGUUAGAUGGCCCUUGUUAAGAGUUUUUUGGUAGUUUGGAGCGCCCUUUAGCGAUUAAUUGAUAAUUAUGGAGUGUUGUGGAAAUCGAGCGGAAUUUCGUUCAUUUAACAAGUAUAUUGCGAAUUCCAGUGAUUUUUUUCUUUCUAACCUCAGACGAGAACUUCCUCAUUCGGAAGGACCCAGUUGAAAUGUGCGGCUAUCAUCCUUGCAAGGUGGCCAAAUGUUUAACCACUCCCACAACCAUGUGCGUAAGCGACUCCGAAUGCAAACCAGUUUUCUUUAACACGAAUGGAAGAAUUAUCGAGUCAUGCAAAGGUAAGAGUUUAAAACUUUCUAUGGACACUCUGGUCAUGACUUAUUUUGACAGACUGGUUGUUAAGAUUUUGUUCUUUGAACCUAGAUAUAGAAGUUGUAUUUCCAAACAUUCUGUAGCAAGGUCCGCCUUUCCGGACGUCUUUAUUUGCAGCAUAAUUCCUGAUGCCACGUAGAUCUAUCUUUUCAUGUUGUUUAUUUUCGGCUGGGCGCGCGGGUUGGACAACUCUUUGAAAUAAAAUGGAGCAUUGGUUUAAAUUUUUUAUGAAUAAAAACUACAUUCUCGUCAACCCUGUUUGGUUGUAGAUCAGAAAUUCCACUUCAAGGCUUACGCCUAGAAGAGAUCGAUUAACGAACUAGGCAAAACAAAAUAUACAUUUUUCAUUAUUGCAGGAGAUGCAGUUGUGCUUUCUGUUCCUCCAGAACAAGUUUGUCAUUUCAACCCCUGUGAAAAAUCUGCUUGUUUCACGAAUGAAGCGGAGCGCUGUGUAGUGUCCUAUAAGUGCAAGCCUAUCUUUUUUGGUGCAGACGGAGAAAGAGCUUACUGCAGAGGUAAAAGACAUGUUAAAUAACUAUUAGGCUGUGUUUACAUUUAGUGCCCACUCACUCGUGCCUGGGUACUAGCACAAAAUGGUGUUGUGCUCACACCGUGGGUGCCCGAUAUGUAACUGUGUUUGCUCCAUAUCACCCUGUCAGACACCAUUUUGAAACGUGAGUGAGAAGGAAGUUAGGAGUAUGAAAAUAGUAUACAAGGUCUCGACUUUGUACACGAGCGUCGGGCGUGGGUACCAUAAAAAGAGUGUUCUAGGUAUUGGGCCCAUUGGUACCCAGCUAUUACCGUACUCGGGCACAAAGUAAACCCUCCACCUUUUUUGCCAGCAUAGUUCAUUAUCAUUUUUGUACCACUCAGCGACUUUCUUCUUUAAACUAACAGGCAUCUUAACAGUACCCGCCACUACGAUAUGCGGCUUCGACCCAUGCUUUGAAAAGGCAUGUAAAGUUGACUUGACAGCUCAUUGUGUCGCUGACGCUCAGUGUAAACCGACCUUUAUUACCAAUACUGAACGAAUACUGGACGAAUGCGUAGGUAAAUAACAAGCAUUAAUACACUGGCAAAGUUGUACAAAGAUGAAAAAGAAUAAAACAUCAAACUGGGCCCGAACCGUUGCUUUACAUAAGUCAUCAUCGACUCAUUUUAUUCCGCCUGGUCUCGUGAUGAAAACUGACGGUAAAACAGCUUUCAGUGCAAUUUGGUUCACAAAAUAAAGUCGACUAGAGCGAGCGAUAAAAUUGAAUUAAAAUGGACAGGAAACUAAAAUAUCUUUCUGUAUUACAUAUAAUGCUGGAAAAACAGCUUUGGGAACGGUUUAAAACUUUGUUAACUCGGAGGCAAAUAUGCCUAGGUGUGCACUAGAUUUAUAGAGACAUUUGAUCAAUACGCACACUGUUCUGGCAAGUUCUGCUCUAUAAUUUGAUUAUAAGAAAUAUUCUUACAUUUUCCGUCAAAAUAAUGUUUUAUCAAUAACGAAUAAUAAGGCACUCCUUGAUCUCUAGCCUCCUCCAAGUUAGAAAUAAGCAACUGCAAAUUCUUGUUGACAAAUAAAAAGAGAAAAACCUACUAAACAAUAAUUAUAAUAGACGGAACAAGGUAGCUUUGGCGGUUUGAUGCAGACUAACAUCUCUGAACCUCCAUUGGACAAUUAACUCACACCCAGAAGUUCUUCCGGGAAGUCCUUUUGCGCCUAGUACCGCCUUCAUCUAUAAGAUAACCUAGUAGUAGAGUAAUACGUUAAAACUCUUACAUGGGGGAGUGCGAAGUGCAGUCAACUUCUCAGUGCUUCUGAAACAAGAGCUGGGUGCUAGCAGGACCACUGAACUAAUACAUUUUUACUGUUCACUUUAAAGAGGACGAUGAUGAAGAUGACCCGAAAGAUGACUCGGACAAUGAUGAUAUCCCGGAUGUAGAGGACGUGUCAGAAAAAGAAAAUUACGACGAUGAAGAUGAGGACAACAAAGACGAUGCCCACGAAGAUCAUGAUAAUGACGACGAUGAUGAAAGCUAUGAUGAUGAUGAUAGUGAUAAUGAUGGCGAUGAUGAAAAAAUAAGCCAUGGGCAUAGACAUAAAAAACAUAAAUUACACAAAAGUAGCCACGUGGACGAGGAGGACGAUGUCGAUGAUGAAGAUGCAGUCUCAAAGCAAGACGUACCCAGAUUAAUGAAGGAUACAAGUCACAAUAACAAAGACAAUAAAACUGAUGAAAAUAGGGCAGUUCAUUUAAAAGAUGAGUCAUUUCAUAAAGGCAUGAUCAACGGGAUGGCCUCUGAGAUAUCAUUUGUGUCAAAGCACGGCCCUGCCAAGUUUUACUGGAUAAAGCCUGGUAACAAGGGCUCAAAAAACAAAACAGAACUGUAA